UGCUGCACGUGCUUGAGCUUAUUUCGCGUCGAGGAAAUAAAAUUGGAAUAAAUAUUCAGCAGGAAAGAGAGUUCAAGAGACAGUUGCACAGAAAAGACACCACGACCACCAUGGAGCCAGGCUUCGUGUUUGCAGAGACGCCAGAGCAGGCCAAGCAGGGCCCCGUCGAGGAGUGUGGUGUGCGUACCACAAACUACCCGACCAUCAAGAAUGCCCCCCUGCCAGCGGAUGCUUCAGGGUCACACACCUUCAACAACUACCUCAUGUUUGCCAUCCUCCUCGGUGUUCCGUACUACCUCAAGUACAAGCUCGGCGGUGGCAAGUACACCUGGCUCUUCUUCAUUGUUCUCCUCUUUUUGCCCCUUCUGACGGGCUUCUGGUACCUCAACUCUGUUCUGGGUGGUCGGCUCAACUCGAAGGCCAAGUACCCCGGCAAGCCCAUUGACACGUACAUCAAGUUCAAGAACCCUGAGCUGGCACAGAAGUACGCUGGCUCCAAGAUUCCACUUGAGACAUUCCAAGAAUUGUACAUUGCAGGCGAGGUGGACUUCAAGGGCGACGCGCUCGAUGUGAUGGAAUUUAGACACGAUUGGUCGAGCUUCCACUUCACCCUCUCUCUCUUCCGCUUCUUCCUCUUUGGUAUGAUUCCCGAGUUGCUCUGGCACUCGCGCUCGCAGGAUGAGGACCAAAUCAGGGACAACUACGACCGGGGAGAUGACUUUUACGGCUUCUUCCUCGGUCCUCGUAUGGUCUACACAUCUGGUCUCAUUGGUGACAUUGAGAAGGAGGAAUCCCUCGAGGAGAUGCAAGACAACAAGAUGCGUGUCAUUUGCGAAAAGAUUGGCUUGAAGAAGGGUGACAACAUGCUUGACAUUGGAUGUGGUUGGGGUACCUUGUCUGCUUUCGCUUCUCAAAACUAUGGUGCAAAAGUGACAGGUGCUACACUGGCACGUACACAGACCAAAUGGGGCAAUGCAGCACUCAAGGAGCUCGGUUGUACAGACUCACGCAUCUUGUGCAUGGACUACCGUGAUAUCCCUAAACCCACGGGCGGUUAUGACAAGAUCACUUGCGUCGAGAUGGCUGAACACGUCGGUAUUCGUCGCUUCCCCUCUUUCCUCAACCAAAUCAAGGACACGCUGCAGGACGAUGGCAUCUUUUACAUGCAAGUCGCUGGUUUGCGAAAAUGCUGGCAGUACGAGGAUCUCAUCUGGGGUUUGUUUAUGAACAAGUACAUUUUCCCGGGUGCAGAUGCAUCGACGCCUCUUGCUUGGUACAUCUCGCAACUCGAGUCUGCUGGCUUUGAGGUGGAGUCCGUUGACAAUGUGGGUGUUCACUACAGUGCUACCCUUUGGCGUUGGUACCGCAACUGGUUGGCCAACAAGGAUAAAGUGCUUGCCAAGUACGGUGAUCGCUGGUACCGUAUGUGGGUGCUCUUCCUUGCUUGGUCCGUGAUUGUCUCUCGGCAGGGUGGUGCGACGUGUUGGCAGAUUGUGGCUCGCAAAAACAUCAACAGCUUCCACCGCAUUGAACGCCAGCCUGUGCAGUAUGGAUUGAAGAUGAAGUCUUCUGUGGAGGAGAAGUGGAGUGGCUUCCCAUACGCCAAGAAGUAGUCAACCUCGCGGGAAGAGAGUCAGAUAGACAGAGAGUAGAGUUGAAUACAAAGUGGCAUCGAUCCCUGGAUGUCGUCCCAUCUGAGUCUCCGUCACAUGCAACAACACAACUUCCCGUCCAGCUGCC